AUAAGAUAUUAUUGAUAACAUUUCAAUGUUAUCGAUAUUUCUCGAUAAUGUUAUCAAUAUCGGCGCCUUCAAAUACAAAGUAAUUCAUAUUUACAGAACACACAAGUUCAACACGCAAGUUCUUUGGAGCAAACAUAAUCGUGAAACAGCUGAUCUGUCGAUUGUUAAAUGUGUAGUGUACUUUGCUGUUUGGCAGUUACAGAAAAUUACAGAACAUUAUCCAUUUGGCAUGUAAAAAUUAAUAUUUCCAAAAAUAAUUAUAAGGAAUCAUUUGCGUGAUAACUGAAGAUGUACGUUGACGUGUCUCAAUGACGUAAUUUUGUCUUUAUGGCACGAAAAGCCAAAUUCUUUGGAAAUAUACUUUAAGAUGAAUUCAAGAACAUUCUUAUCGAGCUGUUCAAGCUAAAAUCAGUUCAUAAAGAGACGUACAGUCAAAGUACAGAUUAAAACAUGAAGCUAAGAAAGGAGCUGGUUUUACUUUUUCUUGUUAUGUCCGUUUCUUCUCAAUCAGAAGUUUCUAAAAAACAAUCUGAUACUUCUGAUGAUGAAGCUGAAGAAGAUGUUAGUUUGGAAGAGAAAGCAUUUGAACGGUUGCAAGAAUUAAAGGCUCUACAUGAUACUAUUUUAAAGAUGGUACCAGCUUCUGAAUUAUAUCUUAAUGAUAAAAUUACAAAGAAAAAAGAAGAAACAGAAAGUGAACCAAAAACAAAAGAGGAAAGUUCUGCAAUGAGAAAUGUUUGGAUGAAAGCAAUGAUAACUCAAAUAAAAAAUAUUGAUUUGCCAAAUAAUAAUUUAAGAAUUGAAGAAGAUGAUGCAGAAGUGUGGAGUGAAGAAGAACAGCUUGAACCACUUAAUGAAGAGACUGAAGAACCACUUACUCCGGAGCAACAAGAAGCGGAACAAAUAUUUAGAAAGGCACAGAGUCUCUUAAAUGCUACACGUUCUAAUAAGGCAGAAGCUUAUGAACUAUUAGCAUCUGCUGCAAUUCUUGGGCAUCGUGAAUCUAGGUCAAUGUUGGCAUGGGCACAACUAUUAGGAACUCAAUUUGCUCCAACUUUUUCAUGGAUAUCCAGUCCAGAUAUUCCAGCAGCUUAUCAAACAUUUAAAGAACUUGCUGAAACUGGUCUACCAUCUGCUCAUAUGGGUAUGGGCUUUUUGUAUGCAACAGGAUUAGGUGGUGUGAAUGCCUCACAGCCAAAGGCACUCCUGCAUUACACGGUAGCAGCUCUCGGUGGAGACACGCGGGCACAAAUGGCUUUGGGUUAUCGUCAUUGGGCCGGAGUCACAACACCAGCUUCUUGUGAAAGAGCAUUAGAUUUUUAUCGCGAAGUAGCAAACAAGGUUGCGGAAGAAGUUUCCCUUAGCGGAGGACCAGUUGUUCAAAGAGUCAGACUCUUAGAUGAACAGGAGAAUCCAGGAUACAGCUCAGGAAUCUUUGAUCAAGAUCUAAUAGAAUAUUAUCAAUUGUUAGCAAAGAAAGGAGAUACUCAAGCUCAAGUUGGAUUGGGACAGUUACACUAUCAGGGUGGAAGAGGUGUUCCUUUGGAUCAUGAAAGAGCAUUGCAAUAUUUUCAGCAUGCUGCUGAUGCUGGAAAUGCUAUUGCCAUGGCUUUUCUAGGAAAGAUUUACUUAGAAGGUAGUGAUAUAGUGAAGCAAGAUAACGAAACAGCAUAUAAGUACUUCAAAAAAGCUGCAGAAUUAGGAAAUCCUGUCGGACAAAGUGGUUUAGGUCUUAUGUAUCUUUAUGGGAGAGGGGUUGAAAGAGAUACUGCAAAAGCUCUUCAAUAUUUUAAUGAAGCUGCGGAGCAGGGCUGGGUGGAUGGACAACUGCAACUUGGCAAUAUGUAUUUUAGUGGAACUGGAGUAAGGCGUGAUUACAAGUUAGCUAACAAGUACUUCAACUUAGCCAGCCAGUCUGGUCAUGUUCUAGCAUUUUAUAACUUGGCGCAGAUGCACGCUACUGGUACAGGCAUGAUGCGCAGCUGUCCAACCGCUGUUGAACUUUUAAAAAAUGUUGCUGAAAGGGGCAAAUGGAGUGAUCAACUAAUGGUUGCUCAUACAGAUUAUCGGGAAGGUAGAAUUAAUGAGGCUUUUGUCAAGUAUGCUCUCCUUGCAGAAAUGGGUUACGAAGUAGCACAGAGCAACGCUGCUUUUAUAUUAGAUAAAGGAGAGACCACAAUAUUAUCAGAAGAAGAAGGAUUGGUUAGAGCACUUGCUUUGUGGGCUAGAGCUGCUGCACAAGGAUAUUCUGCUGCUCAGGUGAAAUUAGGAGAUGCUCAUUAUUAUGGUCGUGGAACAAAAGUUGAUUACGAAGCUGCAGCUAGUCAUUAUCGAUCAGCUUUUAGUCAACAACAUAAUGCACAAGCAAUGUUUAAUUUGGGAUACAUGCAUGAACGUGGUUUAGGUCUAGCAAGAGAUCGACAUCUGGCCAAACGAUGCUAUGAUCUUGCAGCAGAAACUAGCGCGGACGCAAGAAUUCCUGUAGCGUUGGCUCUCAUUAAACUCUCUUUCCUGUUCGGUUUGGAUUAUCUUCAAGAGUUUAGCCUUAUUGACCAUUUAAAUAAAUGGGACCAGCUUUUUGGCCAGAACUGGGACUUAUACCUCAUCGGACUGCUCACUGGCAUGCUCAGUUUAAUUAUUUACUUCCGCAGGCCCCAACCACCACCUCCGCCUAGGAUUAAUUAGUUCUCUACCAUUUUUGUUUGAAUAUUUUUUUCUUCUUUCAAGUGAAGUCAAGUUUGUUACUGAUGGUUCAUAAAUACAUGCACCUGUGUGCAUAUUGA